UCCAGUUUUCCUAACUCCUUUCCCCUUCGAAGAGAGUUACUGGUUCGCCAGAAGCAAGACUAUGGCCGGAGGUGGGAUAUUGGGAGGGGGCAGAUCCUCCUGGGGAUACGGCCAUCCGGCGGCUGCCCGUCAGAUCGGUGGGCGGUGGUGGCAGCAGGAGGUGAAGCGGAGGGAACGGUGGCUGGUGGGCCUGGGGAUCGUGCUCCACGCUGUCUACAUGCUUAGCAUCUUCGACAUCUACUUCAAAACCCCCAUUGUCCACGGCAUGGAUCCCGUCCCCCAGCGCUUUUCCCCGCCCGCCAAGCGCCUCGUCCUCCUCGUAGCUGAUGGAUUGCGUGCGGACAAGUUCUUUGAGCCAGAUUCGGAUGGACGGUUCAGGGCGCCGUUUCUAAGGAGCGUGAUAAAGGAGAAGGGGCGCUGGGGAAUCUCGCAUGCCCGUCCUCCGACGGAGUCGAGGCCUGGGCACGUUUCCAUCAUUGCUGGGUUCUACGAGGACCCGAGUGCAGUCACAAAAGGGUGGAAAGCUAAUCCUGUUGAGUUUGAUUCGGUUUUCAACCGAAGUCGCCAUACCUUUGCUUUUGGGAGUCCUGAUAUCAUUCCUAUAUUCUGCCGAAGUGUGCCUCACAGCACCUGGGCGACAUAUCCUCAUGAAUAUGAGGACUUUGCUUCGGAUGCAUCCUUCCUUGAUCAGUGGUCAUUUGAUCAAUUUCACAGCCUUCUGAAUAGGUCUCGCAAUGAUCCUAAAUUAAGGCAGAUGCUCCUACAGGAUAAAUUGGUCAUAUUCUUGCAUUUACUUGGUUGUGAUACAAAUGGCCAUGCACACCGGCCUUACUCAUCCAUUUAUCUUAGCAACGUUAAGGUCGUUGAUAAAAUUGCAGAAGAUGUCUACAAUCUCUUGGAAAACUAUUUCAAUGACAAUCAGACGGCUUAUAUUUUUACAGCAGACCAUGGAAUGAGUGAUAAAGGAAGUCAUGGGGAUGGCCACCCUUCCAACACGGAUACUCCACUUGUGGCAUGGGGAGCCGGUAUCAAGAAUCCCGGGUGGUUGAUUUCUGAUAGCCUUUCUGAUGAUGGUUUCCGUUUUGUUGAUGAACAUAAACAUGAUAUGCCCACACCUACGGAGUGGGGGCUUAGAGGCAUUGAAAGAGUGGAUGUCAAUCAGGCUGAUUUAGCACCUUUAAUGGCGACUAUUGUUGGAUUGCCAUGCCCGGUUAAUUCAGUUGGAAAUUUGCCAUUGGGUUACCUGAGUUUAAAUAAGGCAGAAGAAGUUGAAGCUGUUUUCGCAAAUACAAAGCAAAUUCUUAAUCAGUUCCUCCAGAAGUCAAGGCUAAAGCAGCUGAGUUCGCUAUACUUCAGGCCAUAUAAGCCUUUGGCAAACUUUUCUUCAUUUCUUGACCAAAUUGAAGAUCUUAUAGCAGCAAGGGAAUACAAAGCUGCCUUGAAAACUUGCCAUAUCCUAAGGGCUAUGUCACUUGAGGGUCUUCAUUACUUCCAAACUUAUGAUUGGUUGAUGUUAAUGGCAACAAUCAUCCUUGGUUACAUUGGAUGGAUGAUGAAUUUAACACUUCAUGUUCUGCAGUCUUACACAUUUUUGGGAAACAUUUUCUUGAAGAAAACCCAAGAGUCUUCUCUUAGAAUCACCAAAAAAAAUGUAUAUCUGGGUGGAUGCCUGUUGAUGAGUUUAUUGUCUGUUAUUCUUUAUCUGGAGAAUUCUCCUCUUCUUUACCAUGCCUAUAUAUCAAUGACAGUGUUCCUGUGGACACAAAUUCUUUCUAAGCUCCAACUUCUAAAUGCUAUAUGGAAAGAAUUGUCUGCUAGAAAUUUUAUAUCGAAUAUGAAGCUUUUAUCUGUUCUCGUGAUGUCGUUUAUCAUUCUUGAAUUUCUGGUGGCAAGCUUUUUCAACAGGAAGUUAUAUACUUGGUUUUUUCUCAUUGCUGGGAUACUUGCUGCAUUACAUUUAUUUUUUAUUGCCUCAGGACGACAUAUAAUGGCUCUUUACUUAUGGUCGUCCUGCUGGUUCUUGUCCAUGUUCACGUUGAUGCCUGCAGAAAUCCCUGACAAUAACCCUUUAGUAGUUGCUAGUGGAGGUCUGAUAGUAUUGAUUGGAAUGGCUUCAAGGUGGAUUCAGUCAAGUAGUCGAGGUGAUAACUUCAAGUUAUACAUUGUUCAAAUGAGUGAACAAACGUCUCAAUUCCAUAAGCUCUUCCUUGUUCAGGCUUCUUUAGUUGUGGUAUCAUCCUUAAUGGUGUGGUUAUCCACUUCCCACAGGGCUCUGAAGAAAGAACUUCUCCCAAUGCACCAGUUAAUAAACUGGUCCAUAGCGGUUGUUUCAAUGAUCUUACCAUUGUUUUCCCCACCUAGUAUCCUCUCUCGUCUCACGUCUAUCUUCUUGGGUUUUGCUCCACCAUUCCUGCUACUGUCCAUUGGAUAUGAAGCUGUCUUUUACAGUGCACUUGCUCUGGUACUCAUGGGAUGGAUAUUGCUCGAGUGUGUGAAUCUAUAUUCUGCUGAAUGCCAAGGACCUUUACAUGUGAGAAACCUGGAGGAUAACCCAACUGGUGGUGGCUAUAAUGCAAGAUAUUUGCAGCUUUCUGAUAUAAGAAUUCCUCUCUUUUUUAUGGUCUUGUUCAAUAUUGCCUUCUUUGGAACUGGUAAUUUUGCAAGUAUUGCAAGCUUUGAGAUUUCAUCAGUUUACCGUUUCAUUACAAUCUUCAGCCCGUUUCUAAUGGCAGCACUGCUUAUUUUCAAGUUGUUCAUUCCAUUUUUGCUUGUCAUAUGUGUCUUUAGUGCAAUAUCCAAGCUUAUUCGAGUUCCAAGACUUGGAUGCUAUUUUAUUGUUAUAAUAUUUUCAGAUCUAAUGACAAUUCAUUUCUUUUUCCUGGUUCGCAACACUGGAAGUUGGAUGGAAAUUGGCAACAGUAUCAGUCAUUUUGGUCUUAUGAGUGCCCAAGUAGUAUUUGUUUUGCUGCUUUUGGCUCUUACUAGUAUUUACACAAAAGAUAUUGAAGUACCAUCACAGAAACUAUCUUGGGGAAAAGCAACUUGAGAUGCUACUUUCAGAUUUCUGACGUGGGAACUACACAAAUGACCCUUAUUCUUUUUCAAGUGAGGUAGUUAAAACAUCAGAGGUUUUUUUUUCUAAUGCCUCUAGAAUGAACAAUUUAUUGAAAUUUUGUGAACCAUUCAUGUAUUAAAAGUGUAAAUUUCUCUUAGGUUUUCAGGUGCUAUUUCUGAGUGUUCUCUGCACUAGUUGUAUUGCUACCUACUAGGCUACUUUCAAUUUCUUGUCAUUAUGGUUUUGCUUCA